AUGUCUUUGCCGCAGCGGCCGGGCAAGGCCUCCCCGCGCCGAGAUGAGCGAAGCGCCUUCCGCGAGUCCACACGCCGCCAUCGUCGCCGAGACAUUGAAACCGGCACCUACAGCGACGACCCCCAAUCCUCCCCCUCUUCACAUCGUCGACACCGCCGACACUCACACAGCCACCGCCGCGGGGCGGACACCGACGAGGAGCGCAUGGAAAGAGGCGGGGAUGUGAGACGCAAGAAGAACCUCGUCAAACCCGAGCGACGUCAUGUGGACAAGGAAAAUCGCGAUUAUUAUUAUCGUCAGCGAUCGCAGCAAAUGCCUACGUAUCCCUCUGCGACCGGAAACGACCCCUUACUCAAUCGCGACGCCGAGGUUGAGACCAAUAGCUCUCGUAGCAUGAGUAUCAAGACUAAGGAUUAUGGAAAUAUUAAUAAACCCAUGGACCGGGCGCCUAGCCGUCAUCGCUCAAAAAAGAAGAAGAGGUCGUCUUCUCGUCGAGUAUCUAAGAGCGCAUCGGCGCAGGAUCGACAGCGACAAAAGGCUUUGGAUGCGGCGCGGCCACCAGACCUUUGGACCACCUACUGCGCCCUUGUCAGUUGCCUGAUUCCGGAUUUCGUGCUGAAGUGCUUCGGCAUGCCGCAGAAGGAACAGCGCACUGCUUGGCGAGAGAAGAUCGGCCUGAUCAGUCUCAUUCUAAUGAUCGCUGCCUUCGUUGGUUUCCUGACUUUCGGUUUCACCGCUACGGUUUGCGGUACACCUCCGCUGCGUCUAAAGGUGAAUGAGGUUGGCGAUGGCUACAUGAUUUUCCACGGAGAAGCAUACGACCUGACAAACUCCAAGCAUCCUGCUGCUGAGGGCAUUCCUGCUGGUACCAAUGUACUGUAUGAUCUUCCUCACAAGUACGGCGGCCAAGAUGGCAGCUUUUUCUUCCAGCAAGUCAACGGUGCUUGCAAGGGUCUCAUUACCGCGGUUGACGGCGGCGACGUACCCACCAACUCGAAGGGUGAUCUUGGAUGGUACUUCCCCUGCCAACCCUUCAACCAGGACGGUUCAUCAGAGCCCAAUGGGACGGUUUCUUACUACCUUGGUUGGGCCUGCCACACCAGUUCAGCCGCACGAACUCCAUUCUAUUCUCUGAAGAGUUCCGGGGAUGUAUAUUAUACUUGGGAGGACACCAAGAACAAGAGUCGUAACUUGGCCGUGUACUCGGGCAAUGUUCUGGACCUGGAUCUUUUGCGCUGGUUUAACACAUCGCAGGUCUCAUAUCCCAAUGAGUUCGAUUUGCUGCGUGAGAACCCCGCCGUCCGCGGUGUUGAUCUCACAUACUACCUUCAGAGCGGUGACCAGAAGAAGGUUGGGAAAUGCUUGGAACAGAUCAUCAAAGUGGGUAGCAUCGAUACCGACACCGUCGGGUGCAUUGCGUCCAAGGUCGUUCUUUACGUCUCCCUGAUCUUCAUUCUCUCCAUUGUCGUCGUCAAGUUUGCUUUCGCUUUGCUCUUCCAAUGGUUCCUAGCACCUAAAUUCGCCGCUCAGAAAACGAGUAUGAGCUCUGAUACACGGACCCGAAACCAGCAGAUUGAAGAUUGGUCCAACGAUAUCUACCGGCCCGGUCCUCGAAUUGCUGAUCCUCCGGUUCCUUCAGUCAGCAAGCGUGCCAGCUUCCUACCUACGACCUCUCGCUUCUCCAGUCCAUACAACGUCAACGCUGCAAGUGGUAGCAAACAGCCCUCGCAAUAUGUCACCAUGGCCAGUCAAAACUCAACUUCUCGACUUAUGCCGAGCUCCACGACGACAGGAACGAUGUACAAGAUGAGCCACAACAGCAGUGGCGGUACCCUGAGUAACCCUGCCGUAAGUCGCACAAGCUUGGCACCGGGACAACAAGACCCGGAAUUUGCGAGAAUCAAUUCCGAAUCUGAGGGUCCUGGUCCUGCCGGGUUCAUCCACGAAGCCGUCGUCCCGCAACCUCCUGCCGACUGGCAGCCUUUCGGCUACCCACUGGCUCAUUCGCUCUGUCUGGUUACAUGUUACUCUGAAGGUGAAGAGGGCAUUCGAUCUACUCUGGACUCCAUUGCCAUGACCGAUUACCCAAACAGCCACAAGACCAUCCUUGUCAUUUGUGACGGAAUCAUCAAGGGUAAAGGAGAAGAAUUCUCUACUCCCGAUAUUGUUCUCGGCAUGGUUAAAGACCAUGUCAUUCCCCCUAGCGAGGUUCAGCCUUUCUCCUACGUGGCUGUGGCAACUGGCUCGAAGCGUCACAACAUGUCCAAGGUGUACACUGGUUUCUACGACUACGGCGAAACCUCCGUUAUCCCCCUAGAAAGACAGCAGCGUGUUCCCAUGAUGGUCAUUGUCAAGUGCGGUACUCCUGCCGAAUCGACUGUUUCUAAGCCGGGUAACCGAGGCAAGCGAGACAGUCAGAUCAUCCUGAUGUCCUUCUUGCAGAAGGUCAUGUUCGAUGAGCGCAUGACAGAGCUCGAAUUCGAGAUGUUCAACGGACUGUGGAAUGUCACCGGCAUUCCGCCUGACUUCUACGAGGUUGUUCUCAUGGUUGAUGCCGACACAAAGGUCUUCCCAGAUAGUCUAACACACAUGGUUUCCGCAAUGGUCAAGGACCCCGAGAUCAUGGGUCUAUGUGGCGAGACAAAGAUUGCCAACAAGACAGACAGCUGGGUGACGAUGAUCCAAGUCUUCGAAUACUUCAUCUCUCAUCACCAAGCCAAAUCUUUCGAGUCCGUCUUCGGUGGUGUCACCUGUCUCCCCGGCUGUUUCACUAUGUACCGAAUCAAAGCCCCCAAAGGCGGCCAGAACUACUGGGUCCCCAUCCUCGCCAACCCCGACAUCGUGGAACACUACUCGGAAAACGUAGUCGACACUCUCCACAAGAAGAACCUCCUUCUCCUCGGCGAAGACCGUUACCUCACAACCCUUAUGCUUAAAACCUUCCCCAAACGCAAACAAAUCUUCGUCCCCCAAGCCGUCUGCAAAACUGUGGUUCCCGACAAAUUCAUGGUCCUUCUCUCCCAGCGCCGCCGCUGGAUCAACAGUACCGUCCACAACCUUCUCGAACUCGUCCUUGUCCGUGAUCUCUGCGGUACAUUCUGCUUCAGCAUGCAAUUCGUCAUCUUCAUCGAGUUAAUCGGAACCCUCGUCCUCCCCGCCGCUAUCGCAUUUACCAUCUAUGUCAUAAUCUCCUCUAUUAUCCGCAGGCCUGUCCAGGUCAUUCCCCUCGUCCUGCUGGCUCUUAUCCUCGGUCUCCCCGGAGUCUUGAUCAUUGUUACCGCACACCGUCUUGUCUACGUCCUUUGGAUGCUGAUUUACCUCUGCUCCCUACCAAUUUGGAACUUCGUUCUGCCUACAUAUGCCUUCUGGAAAUUCGACGACUUCAGUUGGGGUGACACCCGUAAGACGGCCGGUGAGAAGGAUAAGGGACACGGUGAUGCCGAGGGCGAGUUCGACAGUUCACAGAUUACUAUGAAGCGGUGGCGUGAUUUUGAAAAGGAACGCCGUCUCCGCAACACAGCCUGGGCCCCACCCCAAAACGGAUACUCUCAUUAUGAGACGUACUCCGAUUACUAA